GUGAAUAGCAAUAAAUCAUAAGAAAUCUAAUUUUUAAUAACAUCAGCAUUAAUAUAAAACUUCUUACUUACCACAAUCUAGGACAGGUUGACAUAGCCAACAGUGCAAUUACUAUUAGUGCAUGUAUUAAAGAGAACAAAGAAAUGGAAAUUCCACCACCUGUAGAACUGAAACUACCCCUAAUCGUGCCCCACAAAGUUCUAAUGGGACCUGGACCUUCAAACGCAGCUCCUAGAAUACUACAAGCUUUAUCGCAACCGGUUUUGGGUCAUAUGCAUCCAGAACUUUUCACAAUAAUGGACGAAAUUAAAAAAGGAAUCCAGUACAUUUUUCAAACCAAAAACGAAUUAACGCUUGCGAUAAGCGCUUCAGGACACGCGGGACUUGAAGCUGUUAUGUGUAAUCUUUUGGAACCUGGAGAUACAGUUUUGGUAUUGGUUAAUGGGAUUUGGGGAGAACGAGCUGCUAAUAUUGCAGAAAGAAAUGGUGCGGUGGUUCAGAAGCUUCAAAAAUCAAACUCUAACGAUAAUUUUUCAAUAAUAGAGAUAGAAAAUGCAAUUAAAGGAUAUUUGCCAAAAUUGGUGUUUGUUGUUCAAGGGGAAAGCUCUACAGGGAUUUAUCAGCCUUUAGACGGGAUUGGUGAAAUUACUAGAAGAUAUAACUGUUUACUAGCAGUAGAUACGGUCGCUUCUUUAGGAUCAGUACCUAUGUUCAUGGACCAAUGGAAAAUCGAUGCUUUAUAUACAGGGUGUCAGAAAAUUAUAGGGGUACCACCUGGGGUCACUCCCAUAUCGUUUAGCCAAAAAGCACACAAUGUAAUUUUCAACAGAAAAACUAAAAUACCAGUUUACUACUUGGAUAUGACACUUUUGGGACAACAAUGGAAUUGUUUUGAAAAAAAUUUGCCCAGGCUGUAUCAUCAUACUACAUCAGCAAAUCUACUGUAUGCUCUAAGAGAAGGGCUAGCAAUUGUUGCAGACGAAGAACUAGAAAAUGUAAUCGAAAGACAUCAAAGGUGCGCUGAACGAUUGUAUAAAGGCAUAGAACUAUUGGGACUGGAAUUUUACAUCGAAGACGAAGUUAAAAGACUGCCCUCGGUAACAACUAUAAAAGUGCCAAAAGGUGUGGACUGGAAAAAUGUUGUAGAUUAUGCUAUGAAGAACUACAAAUUUGAACUGAGUGGUGGACUGGGACCGACAGUUGGGAAAGUUUUCAGGAUAGGAAUUAUGGGAUACAAUGCAACUCCUGAGAAUAUUGAUAAAACAUUGCAAAUAUUGAAAGAAGCGUUGGCUUAUUCUAAAAAUGAUUCUAAAUUGUGAAAUACAUAUUUAAUUAAAUCUAAAUGUAUAUACCUAAUAACACUUUAUACCAUAUAGUUGUGUAUAAAAAAAUAUAAAAUUUAAAUUUGAAUUAUUUCGGAAUUAUUUUGACUACAC